CUUCUUAACUUCUAACAGGAUUUUUCCAAGGAUAUACAGUAAUAUGGUUACCCUAUAGUAGUAGUUAAGUUUUUUCGCUAUCCUAAAAGCUCCCGUGUUAUUCCCGGUUGAAAAGCAAACGGGUGCAGUCGUGCCCGACACGUGAGUGACAAUUUAUAAGUUCAACUGUCAGUUUGACAGCGCGCCAAAAUUGUGACAUUUGAUCUGUGAUAAUUGACAAGUUUGUUGCGUUCGGAAAAGCGAUGUUGAAGCCACACGAGAUCAUAAGCAGAGAAAGUUUAUUUUUAUAAUAAUAAAGACACAUGCGAAACUAAAGCAACCAUAUGCCAAUUUACUAAGAGAUUACUGAACCUAGAGGCAAUUGAACCUUAGCAAAAUGGCCGACUAUGAUAUCAUACCAUGUUACGAUGACGACGAACUAUUCCAAGACAAAAGUGACAAUGUAACUGAUUUGCAUGCAUAUUAUAUGUCACAAUUUAAUCUGGAAUUAGAAAAUGGUAAGAAAUGUAAAGACAAUUUUAAAUAUGGCGUCGAAGAGAGUUUUGAUUUCGAAGUUCUUGAUAAUUGGAAUGAAACUGAAAAUAAAGAUUUUGAAAUAAUAGACGAAGUAUUGGAUAGUAAUAUAAAUGAUCAAAAUAUAAAAGAGGUACUUUUAGAUUUGGAUGGUAUUGAAUUUGAUGAAAAUUACCAACAAGAAACUAAGAAUAAAGAAGUGGAAAGUAAUUCUAAUAAUGAAUAUAUAGACGAUGAAUCUCUUAUAGACGAAUUAUGUAGAGAAGAAGGCGAGACUUUAUCACCUGAUUUUAACGAGGAUUAUUUAAACACAAUAACCAAUGACAAUCUUCUACCGUCAAUUGAAACGGCAUUUUCGAAACGUUAUUGCAAUUUUAAUGCAGACGAAUUCAAUCAAGGGUACAAUGAAAUAACUCAAGCACAAACAAACACAACUAUACAUAGCUUAGCUCAGUACAGUUAUCCAAACAAUUUCAUAUAUAAUUUGGAAAAUGAGAAAAAAUACAUUUUACCAGAUACACCGACAAGUUGUAAUGAAUUUAGUUUUGAUAGAAACGAGAGGAAAGCAUCAAUAUGCGAUUCAAUCGAAAGUGAUGUACAAAGUUCCUGUUAUUAUGAUGAAAAUUCGGAAAAUUUCGAUGAAGAUGAAUUGUUUAUUAAUUUGGAUGAUUUCGGUCUUAACUUUGAGAAGGAUAACGAAGUUGCUAUACAAAAUAAAAACGCAAUAGACAAUAGAACGAAUAGAAAUGAAAGAAAGGAUAAAGAGAGGACCCAAGGUGAAAGGGUGUGUUUAUGGGAGAAUUGCUUAGAAAGGUAUCCCAACCAAAACACAUUGGUGGAGCAUAUUGAGAGAGCACACGUAAACACGUAUAAAGGAGAUGAAUUCAGCUGUCUAUGGCGGGAGUGCGCACGCGCCCGUCGGCCAUUUAAUGCUCGUUAUAAAUUGCUGAUACAUAUGCGCGUUCAUUCAGGACACAAACCUAAUCGAUGUCAUCAUCCCGGUUGCGGUAAAGCGUUCUCUCGUCUAGAGAACUUGAAGAUCCACGUGCGAUCCCACACCGGCGAGCGGCCGUACGCCUGCCCCGCGCCGCACUGCAGGAAGGCCUUCUCCAAUUCCUCAGACAGAGCCAAGCAUCAGAGGACGCACUUUAAUGCUAGACCAUAUGCUUGCGGUGCAGCCGGCUGCGGGAAGAGAUACACGGACCCUUCAUCCCUCCGUAAGCACGUAAAGUCGCACCCCCACGUGACCAGCGUGCCUCGAACCUGCAUCCCUCCUUCAAGGCCGCUCCGCAGACCGGAGCACGAGCAGAUGGUGCCCAGCUCGCCGGCAAAGUUGACAACUCUAAGAUGUAUCAGAGACAAGCUUACAGUACCGAAAUUACAGAAACUUUAAUCCUUUCCGUGCUGGCGCUUACAAUUUAGCACAUUGAAAUUGUAGUUGCCUUGUAGAUGUUAAUUGAAGAGCAAAAAGUCCCAAUAUUGUAUUUGGAUAUCUUUCGAUCAGUAUCGAUGGUAGG